CGGCGGAGUCAGCGUAAGCAGCAGCAGCGAGCAAGAAAGCGCCCGGUAAGUGUCACGACAAGGCGCAGGAAAAGCCCCACAAUGAGUCAGUUCAAGGAGCGCUUCGUGACUCUGCUCCAUGAGAAGAACUUUGUCACAGACCAGUUAGCGACGUUGGAGCAGAAAACGGGCGUCAAGAGGGAGUAUAUCGCCUUGGGUGCUCUGAGCAUUGUCGGGCUCUAUCUGCUGUUUGGAUACGGAGCCUCGCUGCUCUGCAACCUGAUUGGCUUUAUUUAUCCUGCUUAUUUCUCCAUUAAGGCCAUCGAGAGCAAUGUGAAGGAGGAUGACACACAGUGGCUGACCUACUGGGUUGUUUAUGGACUCUUCAGCCUCGUCGAGUCCUUCUCUGACAUCUUCCUCUUCUGGUUUCCCUUUUACUAUGCUGGCAAGUGUUUGUUCCUGAUAUGGUGUAUGGCUCCAGUGACGUGGAACGGAUCUGAGAUCCUGUACAAGCGCGUGAUCCGGCCAUUUUUCCUGAAACACCAGGCUGCGAUGGACAACAUGGUCAGCGAUCUGAGUGCCAAAGCCAAGAAUAUAACUGACGCUGUUACAAAGGAGGCGAUUAACCAAGUCCUCAAGGACAAGGAGCAAUGAGACACAUUGGAAGGCUUUGUUUGUUUGUGUGCAUGCAUGCAUUCAUGUCUAAGUGUUAGAAUAGUUGAAAGAGAGGCUGUGAGACUGUAUGUUUGUUUGUCAUUUCGUUUCUUGGUUUGUCCUCCCCCUUCCAUGACGAAUGAUGAUCAUCGGCUGCACUGUCAUGAGGUGAAAUGAAGCUUCACAGUCAUUUGUGCGUCCACAUCUCCUUACUUCCACUGGUACUGCUAAGACAAUCAGUGAAACUGUGACAUUUUUAUUGAGAUCUUAUUUUCUCUCCGUUGUGUGACAAAGUAAUUUUACAGAAGGAGGUUGCCUUAACAUGUGCGAUAAGCAAAAUACUCUUAACAUUCUUUAAAAAAUGGUACUUUUACAUCUCAUGAGUGUCUUACACGCUUUAUUCUCACAUGUGCCAAGCAGAGUUUAAAGUCUGCCUGAGCUGUUGGUUUGGUUCUCUCCGUUUAAUUUUGGAUGACUUCUGUCUUUUGAUAUGUAUUAAUUUAUCCUCUCAUGGUUAUGAAACAGUAAAACUGGAAUCCUGGUGAAAUUAAAA